UGACGCCGGCGGUGGGAGGGUUGAGAAUCGACGCUUGCGUUGUGUCUGCGGGGCCGGAGCGCUGGGACAGAGUCAACGAGUCCGCAAUUAACAAGCGAGUGAAACUCACCGCCUGCUAUCUCACGCUCUCCACCCGCGAACCAGCGCCAAACCCGGGUAGGUGUUGAACAUGGUGGUGAUCAAGAAGAUUUGCUGCAUCGGUGCAGGAUAUGUUGGAGGUCCAACGUGCAGCGUCAUUGCGCAAAUGUGCAAGGACAUCGCCGUAACAGUGGUGGACGUGAAUGCCGAGCGAAUCAAAGCCUGGAACAGCGACCAGCUCCCGAUCUUUGAGCCAGGUCUUCAGGAAGUGGUGGAAAGCUGUCGAGGACAAAACCUCUUCUUCUCCACUGACAUAGACAAGGCCAUCAAAGAAGCUGAUCUCGUCUUUAUAUCGGUGAACACCCCCUCAAAGACCUUUGGCAUCGGCAAGGGGCGGGCAGCUGACCUGAAGUACAUCGAGGCUUGUGCCCGGAGGAUCGCAGAGGUGGGGAUUGGCAACAAGAUCGUGGUGGAGAAGAGCACUGUGCCAGUGAGGGCAGCCGAGAGCAUCCGCCGGAUAUUCAACGCCAACACCAAGUGCAACUUGAACCUUCAGGUGCUCUCCAACCCGGAGUUCUUGGCUGAAGGGACAGCGAUCAAUGAUCUCAAAAACCCCGACAGAGUUCUCAUCGGUGGAGACGAGACGGCAGAAGGUGGAAAGGCCAUUCAGGCCCUGAAAAGCAUCUACCAACGCUGGGUGCCGGAAAACAAGAUCAUCACCACCAACACUUGGUCAUCGGAGCUCUCCAAACUGGCUGCCAAUGCCUUCCUGGCCCAGCGGAUCAGCAGCAUUAACUCCAUCAGUGCCUUGUGUGAGGCGACGGGAGCGGAUGUGGAGGAGGUGGCUCACGCGAUCGGAACCGACCAAAGGAUCGGAAGCAAGUUCUUAAAAGCCAGCAUUGGUUUUGGGGGCAGCUGUUUUCAGAAGGAUGUUUUGAACCUGGUUUAUCUCUGCGAAGCUCUCAAUCUGCCAGAAGUGGCUCGAUAUUGGCAGCAGGUGAUCGAGAUUAAUGAUUAUCAGCGGAGGAGAUUUGCAGCUCGUGUGAUUGGCUGUCUUUUCAACACUGUUACUGAUAAGAAGAUUGGAUUGCUGGGGUUUGCCUUUAAGAAGAACACUGGUGAUACAAGCCACAAAUCUGAAUCUGGUGGGUGCCUGGAGAAUGCUGACAGGGGUAUUAGCAGGGAAUCUUCCAGUAUUUACGUCAGCAAGUACCUCAUGGAUGAAGGCGCUAAACUGCACAUCUUCGAUCCGAAGGUUAAAAAGGAACAAAUCAUUCAAGACUUGAGCCAAACAAACAUUUGCGAUGAUGAUCCGGACAGAGUGUCUCGGUUAGUCACCGUCGCCUUGGACCCUUAUGAGGCGUGCAAGAAUGCCCAUGCAAUUGUGAUCUGCACGGAAUGGGACAUGUUCAAGGAGCUCGACUAUGAAAAGAUCUACAAGGCGAUGCUGAAGCCAGCGUUUAUCUUCGACGGAAGACGUAUUUUGGAUGGUCUUCAUGAAAAACUCCAGCGCAUUGGUUUCCAGGUGGAAACCAUUGGAAAAAAGGUGGCUGAACUAAUUCCCUUCACUGCAAGUAAGGAGAUUUCAAGGAAUGAUUUGCAAGCCCCAGCAGCCAAGAAACUAAAGAUUUAAUGUCCUCUGUGGCAUUCUAUACACGCAAUAUGUUUUCUAUUAAAUAUUUACCAUGCAGCCAUUGUGCUUCGAACACUAAUUAUAAUGAAAUUAAAUACACUAGAGGUUAUAGGUAGAUUUUUUUUUUUAAUUCACCAAGGGCUUUGUCAACUGGGCUAGUCUUUUGAUUUGGAAGAUUUUUAUUCUCAAGAAAGGGGUAUGUACUGUAUAAACAUGGUCUGAUUCAUUAGAUCAAUUAUUAUAUUACCUGUCCGGACUUUUCAAUGAAUUGGGGAAGGAGGAAUAGAAGUUAGUCAAAGAGUCAUACAACGUGGAAACAGGCCCUUCGUCCCAACUUGCCCAUGCUGUCUACACUAGUCCCACCUGCCCACAUCUCUCCAAACCUUUCCUGUCCAUGUACCCGUCCAAAUGUCUUUUAAAUGUUGCUUUAGUACCCCUGCCACGACUACCUUCUCUGCCAGCUCGUUAUGUGUGCCCACCACCAUCUGUGUGGAAAAGUUGCCCCUCAGGUUCCUCUUAAAUCUUUUCCUUCUCCCCCGAGUCCCAAAUAAUGAUGCAAGGUCAUCUUUCAUUCUUCUAAAACUGUGGAGAGCAGGAUCGCAGUCCGCUUUCAUGGUGCUUGGGGAUCUCGUCAGGUCAGGCAGCAUCUCGGGAGGGAAAUGGACAGUCGACGUUUCGGGUCUGGACCCUUCUUCUGACUGUUCUCAAUCUUUCUCAGCAAGAUACAAGAUGGUAGAGCUGCAGCCUCGCAGCACCAGACAACGGAGGUCAAUCCUGACCUCUGGUGCUAUGUGUUUGCACGUUCACACUUUGACUGCGUGGGUUUCCUCCGGAUGCUCCGGUUUCCCCGACGCAUCCCAAAGACGUGCGGGUAUGUCGGUUAAUCGGCCCUCUGUAAGUGUGUAGGGAGUGGAUGCGACAGUGCGAUAACAUAGAACUAGUGUGUGAACAGAUGAUUGCUGUGGACUCGAUGGGCCGAAGGGCCCGUUUCCAUGCUGUAUCGUUCAAUCAAUCAAUUAGAUUGCAUUUUUUUUUUUUUAAGUGGUGUCGUGAGAAUUAGGGUUUCCUGGUCUCAUUAACAAUUCAAAAGACACAUUAAUUCACAUCAUGAUUCUUUGUUACCGAUUCAUGGGAAAAUGCCAAUACAAAUAUGAUGUGUAUGAAAUGGAAGUGAAAAUGGCUGUGAAACACAACGACAAUAUUUGUAAUGUUUUCUCUUAUUCUGGGCAUUAGUUGUUACUGAAAAUGUUUUAUGCAUAUUCCUGAAAUAUAACCACAUUUUUAAACAA